AUCCGCCCGCUCGAAGUUUAUAGAACGCCAAUAUGACACUUACUCAAGAACCCUAAUCUUGUUCCCUGCCCUUUCCUCUAUCACUGCAACCAUGGAAAUCGACAAUCCAACGACAGAAAAACCGACAACAUCCUUACCGGCAAAACCCAAUUUCCAACCCUUAAAAGCCCACGAAAUCUCCGACAACCAAGUCCAGUUUCGCAAAGUAACAGUACCACAACACCGCUACACUCCACUAAAAAAAAUAUGGUUGGAAAUCUACAACCCAAUCUACGAACAAAUGAAAAUCGACAUACGAAUGAAUCUCAAAAAACGCCGGGUCGAACUCAAAACCCGACCCGACACACCCGAUAUCAGCAACCUACAAAAAUGCGCUGAUUUCGUUCAUGCUUUUAUGCUAGGGUUUGAUGUAUGUGAUGCAGUCGCUUUGCUUCGUUUAGAUGAGUUAUAUGUUGAUUCGUUUGAGAUUAAGGAUGUUAAGACAUUACGUGGUGAACAUUUAUCUAGAGCUAUUGGUAGAUUGUCGGGGAAAGGAGGAAAGACGAAAUUCGCUAUAGAGAAUGCUACGAAGACUAGGAUUGUAAUUGCGGAUUCGAAGAUUCAUAUAUUGGGAUCUUUUACGAAUAUUAAGGUUGCAAGAGAUUCACUUUGUAGUCUUAUUAUGGGUUCACCUGCUGGUAAAGUUUAUUCUAAGCUUAGAGCUGUUACUGCGAGAUUGAAUGAGAUGUUUUAAGUUUUGUUUUAUUUAUUAUAGAGUUGCGAUGUUUAAGUAUAUCAAUUUUGAGUAAUACGCGAGUUUAUGAAAAUUGAGAGCUGAUUUUGAAAUGAUUUGUGAUUUCUACUUUCUUAGGUUAUGAGAUGAACAUGUGUAUUAUGGUUAACUACUCCUAUUAGCCGGUAACAGUUUGUAUAAUUAAGUUAAUAUGUGGAGUAA